AUGACAGACUUUAUGAUACAAAGCAUACGCGGUAACCAUUCGGCUAUCAAACCUUCAUCUGAGUAGGAGUCUGUCGUGUUAUUAGAGGGAGUUUUAGGUACAUAACGCAUUAGCUUGGAACAUAUGAGGACUGCAAGGUGUGUAUCUUUUAUAGAUAGAGGAAGAACCAUGACUGAACUUCUUGAAUUCAAACCAGAAGUUGCCACAGAAGCUGACUUGGAGGGCGAGGCGAACUGCGACAAAAAUCCCGGCCAUAAUGGUUUUAUCCCAUUUCAAGACUUUUCCAUGGACCAUCUACCAUCGGUAUGGCAAGAGAGGAGGGUGUUUGAAUAUAUCAGAAGUUUUGGUGAAAGGGUUGUUCGUUUGGUUGUUAAGUAUGAUAAUGGUUCUUUUAGGUAUGGGUCUGGUCUUGUCGAAAAAUGGGAAGAUAAAUAUGUCAUAGCAACAAAUAAUCACGUGAUCGAAAAUGACACCCAGGCUAAACGAUGUCUUAUUGAAUUCAACUUCAAUAGAGAUGACAGCUCAGACGUAAUAGUGUGUGAAGGUACAGGCCUAUUGGAGACAUCCAAAACGCUGGAUAAAACUUUAAUUACAUUUCUACACGUACCCCAAACAAUUCAAGAAAUCUAUAUGGUGGAUGAAAGCUUGUUUAUUCCGGAAGUAGUAACCGUGGAUGACGAUGGACAAGCCCACAGCUACCAAUCUUUAACCAUGCCAUACACAGUUAAUAAUUUACCAAUCCUUGCAAUGCCCCUUAGAUUUGAUUUGAAUAAGAUGAGAGAAACUUCGAUUGAAUUCUAUGACGGAACCGUGAGUAAAAUGGCGAGUGAGAUAAUUAAAUUUGAACCUGUUCCAAGUGAAAUUGAACCAAGAAAUCCGAAUGUAAAAGACAUUCAACCGAAUAUCUUAGUUAGGGACACCAACGGUCAGAUGAAGACCAUGACUGGUAACAUAGAGUUUAUUGAAGGAAAAGUCUUUAUAAAACUACCAGAAGCUCUUACUAAUGAAGAAGCUCAACAAUGCACAGUUACUUUUUCUGAUGGCUGUGUUAGUAAAGGUACGGGGGUGCACUUUCUACCCACAACUCUAGCCACCGCUAAUUUGCAAGGUCUGGAUAUAAAUAUUGGCAAACUUCUGACCCUGGGUAUUCCAGAAAUAAAGAGAUUUGCCAAUAAUCCAUUCUGGAAUCUACAUUUUAAACCGACUCCCCCGGGUCUUGAAAAUCAGUUGAGUAUUCAGAGUACGUAUAAUACAGAGGAACGGCGGCAAAUUAAUACAGCAAUCGCCAUUGGACACCCUCAUGGUGGAAAGAAAAUGGUUACGAUUGGCAGAGAUUUAGCAUUCAAUCUAGAACCAGCCGUAACGGAAUUGCGAUGCAGUAUCGCGUAUUCAUGUCAAACCUGCCCUGGAUCCAGUGGUUCACCAAUACUAUAUUUACGCAGCUGGAGAUGGUACGUGCAUUGUCUUGGACUUCGGGCAAACGAAUUUCAAGAUGAGGUUGUUGAGACUGGAAAUGUUAAUAAAGCUUGGUGGUGGAAGCAGUAUACUUCAGACAUUCUUGUAGACCAGCACGUGUAAAUCAUUGUUUGGGGAAAAUUUAUUCCCUCAGAAUAACCGACAUUAUCUAUAUACAUAUAAUACUCAUUAGUUUUGGUUUACAUAUUCCCUAUCUUUAUUAAGCAGUAGAAGUAAUAUAACAAUACUCAUAUGGCUGUUAGGUUGACUACUGCAGUUAUUUUUAAUACAAUCUUCCAUCAAAAUCAAAAUAAUGCAUCCCGUAUUAUUACCCAAACUAAAACUACAAGGCAAGUCACCCCGUGCUUCAUGGUCUUACACUCUUAAAUCUCUACUUCCCCUUUACACAGCAAUCCUUACCCCUUCAUGUCUCAAUAUAUCCGGCAAACGUUCCUUUUCCUUUGCUGUUGCAUUUCAUGGAAUUCUCUCCUUCCACACGUUUAUAUUGUUAAGCUAUUCAACUGCUAUUUAUUCAUGUAAACAUAGAUUAAAGAACCGUCUUUUUUAAAAUCACAAGGGUUCUUAGGCUUUAAUGCUUCAAAUUUAGGGGUUUUUUUUAUAGAAGUUAUAUUAUACUUUUUUUAUAUUUAUUUUACAUUUUUAGUCCGGUAGUUGUACAUUUUACGUUUUAAUUCUUAUGCUGUAUUGAAAUUGAUUACUGGAAAGUAGACGCUAUAUGAAUAUUUUAUUAUUAUUAUUUAUAUAACUAUUAUUGUUAUUAAAUAUUACAUGAAAUCAGCCCAGUUGAAUACUUUCUGUGACAUAAAUCAAAGGGGUUUAAGAGCGUGUC